AUGAACCGAGUUGACCGCCCCAGAUCCAAGCCCGAUCCGCUAGCCCGGCCCGAUUCUGAGCACAACCAAGGGUUCACUAGCCCUAGCUAUCUUUCAAUUUUCGUUUCGAACCAGGCCCCGAGUUGCCAUGCCGAACCUGGACCGCGGUCAAGUCGAGCUGCACAUAGCCAGCGGAUGAUCGAUCGGCUCCAAUUAAGUCAUCGGGCCAGUUCAGUUGAACCAGUCCGGACGAUUCGAAGAGAAUUUCAGUUAGUCAGAAUCAGUUCGGGCAAUUCGGACGCUUGUGGAAAGUCACUUGCACUUUUGUGGGACCCUGUACUGGGUACUACAUUUUCUAAAAUUGCAAUGUCUUGGCUUAGUGCACAACAAGUUCAGAUAAGCCUCAAAAUGUCCAUGCUUGAAAUACACUGUUAUCAGAAACUUAGCAUGAUGCUAACAAUGCAUAAUGUUAGAAUCUGUAGUGUUGUCUCGUCCACAGUUUUUACGCUCAGGAUCUGUGCGAUUUUAAAGGAGAUCGUGUAUGCCGUCAAUAACUUGGGCAACCCUUUAAUGGAGACGACGGCUAUUCGGCUUGCUGAAGACGGCAUCCAACAAGAUGAAGAAUUCUUUAUCCCCGAAUAUUCUCGAAGAGGUGACAAAGACCCUAAAAAUGAUUACAACAGCCGAGAUCGGCAGACCGCGCUCGUGAGCGGUGACAACCGACAAUUUCGGGCGAUGGCAGCGGCACUACUAUAUGGAGUUUCUGAAGAGGUCAUGCACGGACCGGUUCGGGCUUAUGUCUGUGGCUUUUGCCGUGCUUUUCAUCCUCACCUGGCUUCUAAAGGAGAUAAAUGGCAGGAACUGAACGUGACUGGAAACAUUGUCGACCUGAAGCUCAGAAGACCUGCUUGGAAAUGUAAGUCUCAAGUUCUAUGGAGACGUGAGUCAGCUUCACAUGAAAGCCACUUCUGUACCUGUUGUGCUUUGGUGAUAGCACAACAGUGCCAUAGUGCUGCUGAGAUGCUCGAUAACAGGCAAGUUGUCUUCUUUCCUUUUGUGAUAGCAGGCGUCAAAUCAAACCUUUUAUUAGCCUUCAAAUCUUUAAUUCUUUAUCUUGUUUCAUUAGUGGACUUCUUUUUUCCAGUGGCAGGUGCUUCAAUGGCCCACGGGCUUCAAUGGGUGGUGAGUCUCCAAGAACAGUUACACGCCGAAAGAGACCUACGAGCUGCUCUAGAAGUUGGCUUAAGCAUGUCUUCUAAUCAGUUUUAUGGAUCUCGUAGCAUGGGUUCUAAGACGAGAGCCGAGCUUGAGGAGAUUGAUCUUGCAGAGGCAGAUGUGUCCAUAUUGAAGCAAAAAGUUGUCGAGCUGCACCAUCAGCUAAAUCAACAACGCCAGCAUCACUAUAUGGGCCCCUUCCAGAUUCAACCGACUGUUACCAACAUACCCAAAGCAAAAUUCACAGCAGUUAGUCCGAUCCCCAUUUUUAUUUGA